CUUCAAAUAAUUGAGAAAGAAUAUAUUUUACAAUUAUUAAAGCUUCAAAUAAUUGAGAAAGAAUAUAUUUUACAAUUAUUAAAGCUUCAAAUAAUUGAGAAAGAAUAUUUUUUACAAUUAUUAAAGCAGGAAGGUCUACAAAUAGCAUAG